CUUUCGUUCAAACCGCGCGCGGGUCACAGCAAAAUGAAAGCGAACUUUUAAAAACAUAAUACACUAAUGUUCUGACGCAUCAAAAGCAAGGAUCCUCUCGUCCAGCUGUUCUGGUGGAAAAUGAAAGUGAAAUCAGUGCACUGACCGCGGUAAUAUGUACAGCGAAAACGCGUGGAAAGUAAUACUGCUGGUCGCGGCUACCGCGGCGGCGGGCGAGCCGAGCCACGCGCUCAGUCUAGUCUACCAAAAACCGUUCAGAAAUGUCAUGUUCGUGCCCAGGAAGUUGUACAGGACCCGCUCUAGACAAUCCAGGGUGCUAUUCCUGGACGACAAUGAGAACCACCAGCCAUUUGGACGGGGGGAGAUUGAUCUGACUUUGGACAAGAACUCGAAGGUUAAAUUUGAUGAUGCGUCCGAUUACGAGUUCACGUCUCCAGAAGACGGUGACACUACAACGAAGAGUCAAUUGGACGAGACGCCAUCAGGGAAUGAGAGAUUCUACGAGCCCUUGCCUCGGUUCAGGCCAUAUCAGUCUUUUCCAAGUUACUACCAAGGGAGGUUUUCGCGUCCGUACGCUCCGACUUUCGGCUUCGAUCCGUAUCAGCCGUCGUUCGCUCCAGCCGUCAGUAAUGGCUUGUACAGCGGGUACAACGGGUGGAAGGCGCGUAGUCCCAGAGUAGUGUUUCCAUACGCCUCGGAUAGUGUGAAUUCGGUUCUCCAUACGAACUCCCAUGCCGGGCCUGGGGCGUUCGAUAAUGUGGUGUUUCGUGAUCAAAACUUCGGCAUCAACGACGUGGGGACGGACGAGCAAGGGUUGCAGGACAUCAACGGGGGAAACGACGCCUUCACGGAGAGAGAUGCCAUCGGCCUCCAUCGAGCUCUGGUCCCACAAAGGACAUUAAAACCAAUGUUCAUACAAACGUCCAGAAUGGCGAAACGGAACGAUUUAUUCCCGAACGCUACAGCCACUGUACUGCCAAAGUUUAAGCCUAUAUCGGACGAGCAGAUGGCUAGAAUAAGUCAAAUACUCAAAGAAAUGCCUCGAAAAAGGCACGGGCGUCUUAUAGACAGUACUGCGCAAACGAAGCAAGCUCUGACUCAAAAAAUAGAAGUGAAAGAAGACAGAAAUGACGAGAAAAAGUGCCCCCAAGGCGGGACUUGCGAGUUCUUUUUCUAUUGCUGGAUGGUUGGCGGUCUGCUAGAAGGCUCUUGCGGUGGUCUGCUCAAAGGCUGCUGUCACAGAGUCGCCAAAGCAGGCAUAUUGGGCGUCCAGGAUUCAAAUACCAUAGAUUACACGCCAAUCGAGCAAACCAGUUACGGGCCUGUCAUAAACGACCAAAGCUGUGGCAUAGCCGUGGGCAAGCAAACCGCCCAGCGCAGGAUCGUGGGCGGUGACGACGCAGGCUUCGGCACGUUCCCCUGGCAAGCCUACAUCCGGAUAGGCUCGUCAAGAUGCAACAUGUUAAUGUCCAUUUUCGAGCUAAUUGGAUGGAAGCAGUGUUGGAUAGAGAGGUGCGGCGGGUCGCUGAUCUCGCGGCGUCACGUGGUCACGGCCGGGCACUGCGUUGCGCGCGCGCAACCGCGUCACGUGCGCGUCACGCUGGGCGACUACGUCAUCAACUCGGCUGCAGAGCCGCUGCCGGCUUAUACGUUCGGCGUGCGCUCUAUUAAGGUCCAUCCACUGUUCAAGUUUACUCCUCAAGCUGAUAGAUUUGACGUCGCAGUACUUACUUUGGACAGAAAUGUACAUUACAUGCCUCAUAUAGCUCCAAUCUGCCUCCCAGAGCGAGGGUCAGACUUCCUCGGCCAGUAUGGCUGGGCGGCAGGCUGGGGCGCGCUAAGCCCAGGCUCUCGGCUGCGCCCGCGCACGCUACAAGCGGUCGACGUGCCGGUGCUCGAUAACCGCGUCUGCGAGCGGUGGCAUCGGGCGAACGGGAUAAACGUAGUGAUAUAUCCCGAGAUGCUGUGCGCGGGUUACAAAGGAGGUGGAAAAGACAGCUGUCAAGGUGACAGCGGGGGUCCACUCAUGCUGGAACGUUCUGGAAGAUGGUACUUAAUAGGAGUCGUCUCGGCUGGAUACUCCUGCGCCAGUCGAGGCCAGCCUGGGAUAUACCACCGAGUAGCGCAUACGGUUGACUGGAUUUCCCACGCGACUACUUUGUCAUAGCAUCGGUAAUGUGAUUUGUAGAUAAAAACCGUGUAUCAUAUGUGAUACAUAGGUUAUGUAUCAUGUGUGAUACAUGAGAUUGUUAUUGUAAGGGUGCUUUAGGAUGUCAGCUACGGUGCAGUUAAUGCAGUACCUAAAAUGUUGAGACGUGUUGGUUCAUAAUCAGCUUGUUUUCAAUCCAUUCACGUGAAUUCAACCAUAAUAAUUUAAGGUUUCCAAUUAAUUUACUUUGAUUUGAUGCAUCUCGUGAUACACAAAACAUUGCAAAGUAAUUAAUUUGAUUAGAUUCGGCAGUAUUUGUUUAAAAAAACAUAUUUUUGGUAUCGCAUAUUGGAGAAUAUGACGCAAUAUGGUCUAGCAUUUGUAGAUGACAUCUGAAGGCAAUCUUUUGAAAAUAAGUACUAUCGGUAUAAAAUAUUGCAGCCUCCGUGAGGCGUUGACAGAAACAAACAUAAUUCCUUGCCAUUGCUAUAUAAUUUCAUUCAAGGAAAAUUACCUGACUUUACACUCUCAGAGAUAUAAAAAACUGUCUUUGUGAAAUUUUAGGAUAUUACAAACAUUUUCAUUAAGUGUUUAGACGUUCAUGUAAGUGAAACUACAUUUCAUUAUUAUUGGCUAAAAAUAUACUUUUUUAAAGAUUUUUUCUUAUGUUCUGAUCAGGAGGAACAGAGGUGCUAAAAGAAUGAUUUCUUAUCAGUGUAUUUAAAAUGGACUGAUGAAAUCUUUCUCAGCUUAAUGAUUGCAUGAACGUCUUUACUUUCACUUGAAAUUAUCUGAUCAUGAAAUGCUUCAAUACACCACAGCGUUUUCAUCCAAGAACAACUUGAUACGUUAUCAAAAUCAUGACGUAUGUUUUUUGAAUUCAUUAGUGGACAACCAAAAAGCGUCGUCAUUAUCGUAUUAAAACUGCUUUGAGACUCCGAAAAGGUUCGAAAUAAAAUGCGAUUUGAUACGUUCUUCAAUCUCUGAACGAUUUGAAAUUGAAUCGAUACGACGAAUACGUGAAAACGUGACACAAAAUUUCGAAAAUUAUAGGCGUUUGUAUUACAUAAAAUUGUAGAUUCCUACACUUUUUUAACUAUAGUCUUUAAUAUUAUUAUUCCAUUCUACAUGUCAGCACAAUAGGGUAAAACAUUUCAUGUAUCGUAUUUGAUUCAUUGGUUAACAAAGCAGUUUCGUUAGCCAAUGAAUUAGUCUGGAUCACCUGGACUAUUAUUUAUAAUUGUUCAUAAUAUCUUGUUAUCCAUGAACAAUUAUAUCGCUAUUUAUUUAUAAUAAUGUAAAGAUAAAUCAACAUUUUGCUACGUUUUUAUGUAAUACACAUGCUAAGUUUCAAAAAGAGUGAAAAAUACAUUAAAUUUGUCAAUGAAAAAGUCAAUACAUCAUUUUGGUUAAUUGUAAAAUUGACGAUUGAUGGAGAUAAAAAACAUUUGGUGAUUUUAUAGAAUCUCUAAUGUUGUUGUUUCCGAAAUGAAUAAGAAAUAGACGAAAAAAAAAACAUCUAAAAAGGCCUGUAAUCUUUGAUAUCAAAAUAAUGUCUUUCUUACAAAGACUACUUGAUUUUUGUUUAUAGGACUUUGUUAAUUCAAUGAAGCCUUUUAAAAACCCAGCUUUGGGAGCUACGUCUAGUGUUUCCUGAAUGCUGAAAUAAAGCUUUAAAUAUACUUUUUAUAAAGUACAAGCUAUUACUGGAUUUGUCUUAUUGUUUACCAAAACAAUGUUAUAAUAUUGUCAUUGAGUCAAGUAUUUUUUAUUUGACUCACAAUUUACUUUAUUUUAACUUUAAGUUACUUUUUUAUUUGAUCAAUCAUUAUUAUUAUCAUUCUACAAAAUUAUGAAUUUGAAAUUCAUAACAUUACUUUGAUUAAAUUUAUCAAAUGACUGAUUAAAAGUUAUUAUUUAUAUUAAAUUAUUAAUUUAAACGAUUUGUAUACAAAGCCAAACAAAUAAUUUUAAGAAUGCUUAAUAGUCAGAAUGAUAAAUUUAAUCAUUUGGACAUUGAAGUGAAAAUAUUAAUUUGCAAUUUUAUUUUCAUUGAUUUUAUUUAAUAUUUUUGUGAUCCCUAUGUGGGAGAGAGAAAAAAACUGUUAAAUCCAUUUUUUAUUACCAGAUGUAUAGGAUUAUUUUAAGUUUUUGACGACAAUUGUGAUAAUCGUUAUGAAACUCAUAUUUUUAACCAUUGAGAACAAUUUUGGAAAACACAAAAGUCGAUAUAAAAAUAAAGGAAAAUAUUCAUAAGUGCCUAUAGCAUUUUGUACAUAUUUUUAACAUAGUUGUACAGAUACUUACUUUAAAAGGUUUUUUUUUUACAUUUUUACCAAUUUGUAAAUAAGUUCUAAUUCAUAAAGCUUUAAAUUAUUCCAGUUUUGUUAAUUUAUUCCAUUUGAGUUCAGAAUUGGAGCGGUUUAUUUUAAUUACUACAUUAAAUUAUGACCUAAGUUUACCAGAACAAAAACUUGCUAAUUAAUAACCAAUUAUUUAAAUUGAUAAGAUAAUAAAUUGUAUUUAUUGUUAAUUUAAAA